AUGCCUGCGGAUUACAACUCAGCCGCCCAGGCUCUCGCCCUGUCUCCAGACCGUGGCUCAUCUCCCUCACCAAAUCGUCCUCCCUGGUCUGCGACGUCCUCGAGCCGCCGUUUAUCGAACCCGCUGAUGAACCGUCGCCGCGCGAGUAGUAGCUAUGCUGGCGGUGGUAAGACGAGCUUCGUACGCCGCAUCUGGGGUACGGUCAAUCUGCUUGGUGAGCAGGUUCUGAAGGUGUAUCUGCGUUUGUCACCUUUCCAGCGGAUUCUUGCCCUCGUAGGCGUCGUCGCAGCGGGUGUGCUUGGUAUUUUGGCUAUUAUCUACUCGCAUGUCUUCUUCAAAUGGCUUGAGCCAAAGGCGGAGCAGUGGCGCGCUCUUCCAGGAGGUUGGACUCUGGCCUUUCUGCUGGUCUUCGUUACUUCGUUCCCUCCGAUUGUUGGAUACUCGACCGCAAGCACAAUCGCGGGUUUUGUGUAUGGGUUUCCUUUAGGCUGGCCCAUUGUUGCGUCCGGAUGCACGGCCGGUGCCCUUUGUGCGUUCCUUGCGAGCAGAACUGUUUUAAGCAGCUAUGUUGAUCGCAUGGUUGGUCAGGAUCAUCGCUUCGUCGCUCUGGGUCAAGUGUUGCGCCAGGAGGGAAUUUGGUAUCUUACGGCUAUCCGAUUCUGUCCACUUCCGUUCAGUCUGAGUAAUGGCUUCCUCGCCACUAUUCCUAGCAUUACACCUCUGGCGUUCACCAUUUCCACAGCAUUGUCAAGCCCCAAACUCCUCGUCCACGUUUUCAUCGGCAGUCGUCUUGCUCUGCUAGCCGAGAAGGGCGAUAAGAUGUCCGCCGGUAGCAAAGCCAUCAAUUAUUUAAGCAUGAUUUUGGGUGCUGGAAUUGGUCUUAUCGUUGGGCUCAUCAUUUACCGUCGUACUAUGGCUCGCGCCGAAGAGCUCGCGCGUCAAGAAGGCCUUGAGCCUACAGGUCUAUCAGCUGAGGAGGGCGAGGCCGGCUAUGCAGACUCUGAAAACUCGAUGCUCAUGGAUCCUGAAGACGCAGCCGUGUUGAUGUCGGACGAUGAUAUUUCACUGUGGGGUAGAGAUGGGACAGAGGGCAGAUAUCACGAUGAUGAUGAAGAGGAUGAGGGAGACACCAAUAAUAGGGGGGACCGAAGGGUAUGA